GUUCCGGGCUGGGGUCACUCCGGCAGCCCGGGCCGAGCUCUUCACCGGUGGUUGUGGCGUGGGGGAUGUUGUCCUUCGCCACCGUGCUGCGUGCAGUGCCGACCCCCGGCUUCGCUCGGGCUGUCGCCGUGUUGUCCGUCGCGGUUGUGCUGUCCCCGCCCACCCGGUGCGCGCUGCGCCGUCCCCCGCCCCUCAGGUACGGCGGCACCGGGCCUGUGUGAGAGACAGCGGGCCGCUGCCGGCAUCGCCGCUGGGUAACUUCUCUGCAGCUCACUGGUCCCACCUCCAUCCUGUUAACAUGUUUGACAGUUGUAACGUUAAGAAUUUUUACCACAACAAAGCUCUCACCUCCCCAUAUCCCAGAUCGCAAGUUGAGCGUACCCACGUUCCUGCAGAUAAAGUGGACUGGUUGACUGAGUGGAAAGACUACCAACCCGUGGAGUACACUGCAGUGUCUAUUUUGGCUGGGCCUCAGUGGGCAGAUCCCCAGGUCAGUGAUAAAAGUUUCUCUCCCAAGUUUAAUGAGAGAGAUGGAGAAGUGGAGAGGACAAGUUGGAAUGGCUUGUAUGUGGUUGAAAAUGGGAGGCCCCGAAACCCAGCAGGAAGGACAGGUCUCACAGGGAGAGGACUGCUGGGGCGCUGGGGACCAAACCAUGCUGCUGAUCCUGUUGUGACCAGGUGGAAGAGGGAUAGAAGUGGCAAUAAAAUACCUCACCCAGUUACUGGCAAAAACAUCUUGCAGUUUGUAGCUAUCAAGAGGAGAGACUGUGGGGAGUGGGCAAUCCCUGGGGGGAUGGUGGACCCAGGGGAGAAGAUCAGCGCUACUCUGAAGCGGGAAUUUGGGGAAGAGGCCUUGAACUCCUUACAGAAAUCGCCUGAGGAAAAAGCAGAAUUGGAAAAGCAACUCCAGAGACUGUUCAGCCAGGAGCACUUUGUGGUGUACAGAGGAUAUGUGGAUGACCCUCGUAACACUGAUAACGCUUGGAUGGAGACAGAGGCUGUGAACUAUCACGAUGAAACUGGUGAGACCAUGGAUAACUUGCCUCUGGAAGCAGGAGAUGAUGCUGGGAUGGUGAAGUGGGUUGACAUCAGUGAGCAGCUCAAGCUGUACGCAAAUCAUAGCUACUUCGUUAAGCUCGUGACGGAGAAACGGGGAGCCCACUGGAGUGAGGAGCCUGGCCCUGAGUGCCAUGAGUGAUGUAAAGAAGGAAAGGACCCACGCAUGAAGGCUGGUGUUCAGCAGCCUUGAAAUUGAGAUGAUGCUGAACUUCUCAGUGCUCAAGUACAGCGUAUACCUCAUUUAAGAGGCUCUGUUGUUACAAGGGAUGUGUAAUAAUAACUCUGUGUCAUUCACAGCCUUGCAGCUAUAGGAUUAGCUUUGUAUGCACAUCAGGCAGAACUUCUGGCUAUGACAGAACAUGCAAUGAUGGAGGCUUUUAGAAGGCUUGACAUGGCUUCUUCGAAUUUCUCAACAAGUGUAAAAUGAGGUGAAUGUGGAGCUGUUAACUUCUUUCUUAUCUUAAUUAUUUGCAGCCAACUCUUGAUAUCAGCAGAGGUGCAAGAGAUCGCUGGGAUUCUGACUGUAGUUCAGAGCUACUCUUGAGCUCUACUUGUGCGCUGGUUUCUUGUCAGGGGUAUGAAUCUUUCACGUGUCUGAGAUCUGUAGGAUGAUGACCUGAAUGAUUACUAAGGUGAAUUAAAGAACUAUGUAUUUAAGUGAUUUUUUUCUGAGUGGUUUCACUUAAGAUGUGCUUUCGGUGGCUUUUCUAGUCUGUGAUUAAUUUUCACCUUUAAUUGCUUUCUAACGUACAAUAUGGAUGGUGUUCACAUGUGGAUGUCUUAUAGUACCUCCAUCUAAAAAUAUUACUGUUGGGGGAUGUACCUUGACUGAUUUUUGGUAGAUUUAGAGCUUCUCUUCACACUGCAUAUGAAAGUACAGCUCCUGGGGAGACAGUGCCUUAAGCAGAAUCACUGGAACGCAUGGCCUUCAAAACAACCUUCCAGAUUGUGGGUUGUUUUUUAAUGUUUUCAGGUGAUGGGAGUACUUUCCAGUCAAAAAGCAGGUGUGGGCCCUUAGAGGUAUUUGUUAUUUAAGAGUUGAUGGCAUUGUUCCUGUGCAUUUAGUUGUGUAAUAGUAUGUAAGUUGAUAGUAACAGCUAAAACUUGGGGCUGAGAGCUGAGCCGUAGUGUCUUAGUGAAUUUUAAGCAAAGUGAUAAUGCAGAAGAGCGAGAACUGUCAUCAGCUGAAGUUACCUUGUAUAAUAAUACUGUGAUAUGCUGAGUGUUGCCCACAUCUGCUUAACUAAUGAAUAUUUUUAGGGCUUGCUUCCUGUCAGCACCACCCCUUCCUGGAGAAGUGGUGUGGGCUAAGAUGAGGGAAUCCUGGGGAUGUUCCAGAGUUAUUAAUUUACUCCUUUCAAAAGAAGAAGUAAUGCCAGCAGCUUUUAGUUUAGCCUUCAAUCCCUGUUCUACUCAUUUCUGAACAUUCAGUUCAGCAGUGUUAGUAAGACAACAUAAAUGCUGUGUAAACAUCCGCAGAUUUUGUUUACCAAAAAAAACCCAACCUAUCUUGAAAUCACAGGAAAGCCCUGGUGGUUGGUUUAGCAGAGUUCUCUUCCUUUUCUACUGAAAGUGAAGUUAAAUGUAGUGAUGUGGGAAUGUUUUUGUUGUUGUUGUUUGUUUGUUUUUGUUGAUAAUAAAACUAUCAGGUACUUCA